AUGGAUUCCUUGUCUAAAAGCUUAUGGUUUCUCCUUCACAGUGGGACAGUGGGAACAAAAAAAAACAAGUGGAAAACAAAAAAAAAGGACAGCGUGUCAGUAUGCAGCGCUUGCCCUGACUGCGUGAGCGUGGACGGAUCUUCGCGCGUCGCCUUCCACGACCUCAGCGUGGUGCCUGAAGAAGGAGAGCAAGAAAAGUCGCGUUUGGAGCGUCGCGUGAGCAGCCGUGUUACUGCUUUGUUAGUGACAGUGAUGAAGAGCGGCACCGAAUCACCAUGCACGUGCGAAGAAUGCCAAGAGGACGCGACCAGAAAGAUCACAAACACUCAAAAAUCGGGAGUUAUGACGCAAAGCGCGAACAAUGUGCAGCCAAAUAUAGCAGACAAUGGCCACGAGCGAGUGGUUGACGUACUGGUCCACGACGCGCCGUCCGAGGUACCAAGGUUCUUCCAAUCCGUUACCUCUCCCCCCUAUCACGUCGCAGGACCCCCACCGCCGGGCUUCGUCGUCGCCCCCUACCAACCACCACGUUUCCACACAGGAGGAAACGUCGAGGAUCUGUUAGGAGAAGUUCAAUCGUCGCCAACAAUUCAGACUACUUACAUACAACAAAACUCCGUUUUCAUGUGUAACACACGGCGCAUUACUCAAAAACAAUGCUGCUGUCAAAUGAAGGAACCGAUAGCUUGUAUGCCGAGUAUAGAAGAACAAGAGCCCCCGAAAUCGUAUGUAACUGAAAAGAACAUUGAGUUGACCUACGAUUAUCCGCGAGGUACGCCUAUACCAAGUAGUCCAAGUCCAAAGUCCGCUGAUGACUUAACGACGACGACAGAAGUGGCUAGUACGGUAGUUUUUGUUGAAAGAAGGAUACCUGUUAAACCAAAGAAAUUUGACUUUUUCUCGAGAUCUCGCUCCGCUCCUGUAGGUGAAAAUGAAGAACCGAUUUAUGCCACCGUUAACAAACUGCCAAAGAGACUGCGUAGGAUGGAACUUGCUAACUUAGAAAAAGAAGUGGCCUAUAAAUCUGGCGAGCCUGACUCUUCUACUCGUACAGAGUUAACAUUGAAAACAGAUACAGAGUCACAAGUUCCGCCGCCCGACGAUGACACCAGUAGAUCUGAUAGAGAAAAGUCUACAGCUCCUCAACGACCGGAUUCUCCGAAAGCUAAGAAACGAAAAAGAUUCUCUUUGACUUUCAAAAAGAGAGAAAGAAAAAGAAGAGAUAAGAAGAAGGAUAUGAAAAAUGGAGUAGCAAAGAACGGUGGAACUGUUCAAGUGGAAAGUGAUAACGAGAGGCUGAUAGAGGGUGAGGUACUGGAAUUAGGGAAACACAAGCAUUGUAUGAGACACAAGCCGAGGAAUACUCUGUCGUCUUCAAGUUCAGGCCCGAGGUACAAGCGGGACAGCUAUCAGGAGAUGACUUCCCACUCCGAGCACGAGAGGACCAACAGUAUGUGUUCUUCGGUGAAUUCAUUGGCAUCCGCGUGCACCCACAAGUCGAGGAAGCUAUCUGCUCCUUCCACUGAUGGUUCAAUACCUUGGUGUGGUUGUUGGGGAGCUGGAUGCGUUUAA